AUGCCGGAGCUGGAGCACGCAGCCGCUGUCUCCGCUGCUGCGGUGCAGCGCGCCACGGACGACUUGGACGCCGUCACCGCCUUGGUUCACAGUAUCCUGCGCGCCAUGUGCGCGGCGCACGAGGCGGCGGCGGCCGCGGCGGCGAACGCCCCCGCCAAUCGCCUGGGCGGGACCGCCUUUUGGGCGCACAGCGAGCACGAUGACUGGUACCUCAGCGGCAAGGUGGUUUAUGAGUAUGAGACCGUCCUGGUCACCCUGCCGGAGUUGGAAGGGAUCAAGUACGCCGUCAAGACGCACCCGCGGCGGGCGCUUACCGCCGACCCGGUACUGCAGCAGGCGAUGGAGACAGAGAUCGCUGUCCACGAAUGCCUGCAGAGCCGCCACAUGCCCGUGCUCCUGGCGGUGGUGGAGGAAUACGCGCACACGCACCUCGUGUUUGAGUAUGGCGGCGUCCCCAUUGCGGAGUACGUUGGGUCUGACGGCACCAAGGCCUGCAUCGAGGAGAACCUUGAGGUGGUCAUGAAGGCAGGCGCAGCGCUGUUUGAGGUGCUGCAGAUCUGCGAGGCCAAGGGCCUGUGCUACACGGACCUCAAGGUGCAGCAGCUGCUGGUCAACACCGACUUGGAGCCGCCCGUGGUCAACGUCGUCGACAUGGCCAGCGCCUCGUCCUACGGCAGCCUCACGGGCUUCAGCUGGGAGACGGUGCCGCCGGAGGGCAUCGCCGCCGCCGUGCGGCCCGACGGCACCAUCGACUACGACGCGCUGGCAGCCACCACAGGUCCCAGCUUCCACGCCUUCUCAUUCGCCGCCACCCUCCUCGCAAUGGCGCUGGGAUCCAACCCCCUCCUGCCCUCAACAGCAGAGGUAUACGAGGAGGUGUUGUUCGCCGGCCCGGCUUGCGACGGCGACGUGCUGAGCCCCAAGGAGCGCCUGAUCAUCGCCAAGGCGCGCACCGGGCUGGCGGCGUUUGAGGACCACCCGCUGUGGCCGAUGCUGCCGGCCGCGGCGCAAGAGUUCUUCCGCAUGGGGCUGCAGCCCGACCCGCUGCGCCGCGCCACCCUGGGCCAGCUGAGGGACAGCAUCUGGGGCCGCGAGAUGUUUGGCGGCGCCCUUGCCGCGGCGGCGCCUCCGCCGCUGGCGGCUGCGCCGGCGGCGGUGCUUGUGGUUGAGCCGCUGGCAGCGCCGCUGGCGGCUGCGGCCGCGGCAGACGUCGGCUCGAAGCCGGACCACGUGGCGGCCUCGCCGCCAGCCGUGUCGGGCGCGGCUGUUGCAGCCUGCGUGCCGGCGCCCGCACCGGCAGUCACUCAGCCGCUGGAGGUCCUGCGCCUGCGCGCCGAGGUGGCGGCGCAGCGCGCGCGGGCGGACGCGGCCGAGGCGGCGCUGCUGCAGAGCGCCGCCGAGCGCCAGCGGGAGGCGGAGCGGGCAGACGCAGAACGGCGGCGCGCCGACUCUGCCGAGGGCGCCUUGCAGGAGGCGUGCGCGCGGGAGCGCGGCCUGGAGUGCCAGCUGGUGGCUCUGCGCGCCGAGGCUGCCUCGUGGGAAGAGGAGCGCGCCCAGCUGGUGGCGCGCCUGGCGUGCUUCGAGGCCGAGGAGGGCGCGGCGGCCGACUGCAGUGCUGAGUGCGAGGAUGCGCCGACAGCCAGCCAGCUGCUGUGCAUGGGCAGUGUCAGCAGCAGCGUCGACAGCGGCGGUGCCGGAGCGUCAAAGUCGGUGAGCGCUCGUGCGGUGGCCGCGUCGCGCCAGACGCAGGACGACGUAGCGGGCGAGGGCGCCCGGCUUGGCCUUGGCUGCAGCAGUACGCCGGUCAGCGCCGCCGCUGUCGUGGGCAAUAGCAUCGGGGGCGCCGCGGCGCCCUGCAUCGGCAGCUUCAAGCCUGCCGCAGCCAACGCCGUGCGCGCGGACCCCAGCAGCUCCUGCAUGCACACGGCCAGCCGCAGCAGCGACGCCGGCACGGGCGACGCCGACAAGGGCAGCCGCUCCCAGGUGCCUGUGGUGGCCGCCGCCAACGCGGCCGGCCUUGCCACCAGCGGCAGCGCCUCCAACAGCUGCACCACCACCAGCAACAGUUCCCCGCGGGCGACGCCUGCUGCGGCUCUGCACAGCUAUGUCACCGCCACCGUCACCGUCGUCGGCCGUCACAAGGGUCCCGCCGCGCCGCCGGCCAAGAGCGUCAGCGCCAAGCGCGUCAAGGGCGAGCCGGACGCGCGCACCCCCGCGCAGCGCCUCCAGGGUGCGCUGCACAAGCUGAACAAGGAGCGCAGGAAGGUCGCGGCGGCGUUCAAGGGGCUCCUGAGCGCUGCGUGA